AGCAAGCGAUUGGGUGAGAGCUGCGCGCGAACAAAACAUUCGAACAAAACCGCUUCCGCAAUUGAGGAGUCAAGAUACAUGCCAUUUUUCAAUGAAAAUCUGUAAAAUAAAUAAACGCAAAUAUGCAAAGCAAUAAAGUCGAAGAACUCACGGACAAGUUAGAAGGAUAUCUGUCUUUAGACACGGGGAAGAUGGACAAAUACGACAGGUACCGGCAGGAGGGGAAGGAGGCUGCCAUGCGUGGUGAGCUGCCUCGUGCCCUUGAGCUGUUUCAGCUGGCUUACCAGCUUCAGCCAAGUGACAAGCUAAAGAAACGGGUCCAGGCCAUACAGGAUCUCAUUCAGAGAGAUGAGGAGGAAGACGAGGAGGAGGAUGAAUUUGUGGAUGUGAAUGAUAGUGGAUUGAAUCUUUAUAAAGGGCUCUACGACAAACUGUAUGACCAUCAGAAAGAGGGUGUGGCGUUUCUGUACAGUCUCUUCCGAGAUGAAAGGAAAGGGGGAAUCUUGGCCGAUGACAUGGGCCUCGGAAAGACCAUUCAGGUCAUUUCAUUUUUGUCAGGGAUGUAUGAUGCAGAACUGGCCAAUCAUACCCUGUUAGUCAUGCCAACCUCACUUAUAAAGAACUGGGUCCGUGAGUUUGCCAAGUGGACCCCUGGCAUGAGGGUGAAAGAGUUUCACGGCGCAAGCAAAGCUGAGCGGAACAGGAACCUGGAGCGAAUCCAACGCAAAGGAGGAGUUAUCAUUACCACCUACCAGAUGCUCAUCAACAACUAUGAGCAACUUGCAACAUAUGACCAGCGUGAGUUCAAAUGGGACUAUGUCAUCCUGGACGAGGCCCACAAAAUCAAAACCUCAUCCACUAAGACUGCUAAAAGUGCUCACGCCAUACCUGCUAGACACCGUGUGCUACUUACGGGCACUCCAGUACAGAAUAACCUACGAGAGAUGUGGGCGCUGUUUGACUUUGCUUGCCAGGGGUCACUGCUGGGAACCUCAAAAACAUUCAAAACCGAGUAUGAGAAUCCAAUCACACGUGCAAGGGAGAAAGAUGCCACUCCUGGGGAGAAAGCUCUUGGAUUGAGGAUUUCUCAGAACUUGAUGGACAUCAUCAAACCUUACUUUCUCAGGCGGACCAAAGCAGAUGUUCAGCACAAAAAGCAAAAACGAGAAGAAGCCUAUCAUGAUGAGGAAGAUCAAGAGAACAAAUGUCCAAAUGCUAGCAAAGGUGCAGAGAUGCCAUCGCUGACACGAAAAAACGAUCUCAUUGUGUGGACUUACCUCAGCUCGGUGCAGGAGGACAUUUAUAAUCAGUUCAUCUCACUGGAACAUAUUAAGGAGUUGCUGAUGACUACCAAGUCACCACUGGCAGAGCUCACGGUUUUGAAGAAGCUCUGUGACCAUCCCAGACUCCUUUCCAAUCGAGCUGUGACUCAGCUAGGCCUGGAGCAAGGUUCUGAAUUUGACUCCACCCAUCCAGACAUUGAGAGCGAGUCGGCUGUGAGUCAGAUCGAUUACAUUUCAGAUGACACUUUAGUUGCAGAGUCAGGGAAGCUGCAGUUUCUUGUGUCUCUAAUGGAAUGUCUCCGUGAAGAAGGGCAUCGGACCCUGAUCUUCUCACAAUCAAGGAAGAUGCUAGACAUCAUGGAGCGUGUCCUGCGUAACAGAAACUUUCGCCUGCUGCGCUUGGAUGGCACAGUGACACAACUGGCCGAAAGGGAGAAGCGUAUCACAUUGUUCCAGACAGACAAACGCUACACAAUCUUCCUCCUCACCACUCAAGUGGGUGGAGUCGGCAUCACAUUAACCGCCGCAAACCGUGUCGUGAUCUUUGACCCCAGUUGGAACCCUGCGACAGAUGCUCAAGCUGUGGACCGCGCAUACCGAAUUGGCCAAACUGAAAAUGUCCUCAUCUACCGACUCAUUACCUGUGGCACUGUGGAGGAGAAGAUCUACCGCAGACAGGUGUUUAAAGACUCUCUCAUCCGGCAGACAACCGGAGAUAAGAAGAACCCUUUCCGAUACUUCAGCAAGCAGGAGCUACGUGAACUGUUUAAACUUGAAGACACACGUUCUUCCUCCACUCAGCAGCAGCUUCAGGCGAUGCACGCACAAAACCGCCGCUCUGACACCAGUCUGGACCAGCACAUCGCUCGCCUUUACAGCAUGGAGAUGUUCGGCAUUUCUGACCAUGAUCUCAUGUUCACUAAAGAGGCAUCAGCCGAUGAAGACAUCCCUGAAGAUGCAGAGUCACAUCAUUACAUACAAACGCGUGUCCAGAAAGCACAAGAGCUCAUGCAGGCAGAAUCAGAACUGCACGGCCAGCUCAUGGACAGCGUGGCCCAGAACACUGAACCGGCUUGGCUCAGGCAAACAGGGCAACCGAAAUCUGCUGGUAGAGACCGCCCGGCCCCUCCUCGUAUCAAAAAUGAGCCGGUGAUGGUGGAUCUAACUCAUAACAGUUUUGAUGAACCAGAACUGGAGGAAGAUGAGCAGAACUCUCUGCCAGUUGAGGAAGUGGUAGAAGUUGUAGGUGAAGAAGUGGAAGUUGUAAGUGAAGUGCAAGUGGAAAAUGAGUCUCCUCGUUCUGUUGGAGAAAGAAACUUGCAUGCUCUAAAGACUGAGAUUAGCCCUGUUGCCAACAAGCUAGCUCACAAUGUGAUCACGCUGGAUGACAGUUCAGAUGAGGCGGACAGUAAUGCAACAUCUGAGCAUCAAUACUCACAGCACAGCUUCUCAAGUCCUUCUCACCAGUUUCCAAAGUUAGAAGAACUUUCUUUAGCAUCUGAUGCUCUUGAUAAUAGAGAGGUUCAGGCGGACGAGCCCCUUUCGACUGUGCUUUCGUCAACUUCUCAACAUGAGGCCACAGCGGGAAAGUCUUUUCAAGCAGAGGUAGAAAUGCUUCAGGGAAACUUCAACCUCCAGCUGGAGGACAGUGCAGAUAUGUUCUCCGUUGAAGAAGAGGAAGUUCAUGAAGUGGAGGAGUCGGUAGCAGAGGAAAGUCCUGAGUUUCAACUUCAGAUGGACAUCAGUGGAGAAAGACUGGAAGUAGCAAGUGUCCAUGAUAGCAGACAAGAUGGUAAACAAACCAACAGUGAAAUCAGUAACUAUAACAGUGAGGUCUGCAACCAUAACAAUGCUGAAGUUAGUACCUGUAACGGUGAGGUCAGCAAGCAUGAAUCUCUUUGGAGGAUCCGUUCUGCUCCAGACACGCCUGCGGACGACUCCUUUGUACAUUCUGUUCGGAGAAAGAAAAGGCAGGUCAUCUCUGACACUGAUGAAGAAGAAGAGGAGGCUGAAUCAGAGAAGCCAUGUUUAACUAGCAGUCCAUUAGCUGAUGACCUCAGCAGGUUGGGCACUUCCACACCGAAAUCCACUUUGACUGACGGAAUUCGACUCCGCCGCAGCUUGAACACUUCUGUGGCAUCAAGAAGGUCCUUUGUUGUGUCCAUGCUGGAGAAUGAAUCUGAUGAGGAGUCAGCAGAGCCCAGUGAAGAUAAAUCCAAAUCCUUUGAGACAUCUGAAGCCAAUGAGACUUGUGAAUCAGUGGAGGAAGAAGAGGACCUCAGUAGAGGUGAAACCAAAUCCUAUGAGAUAUCUGAAGCAAAUGAAAGUCAUGCAGAUGAAUCAGUGGUGGAAGAGGAGCCACCCAGUGAAGAUAAAACUGAAUCCUAUGAGAUAUCUGAAGCAAAUGAAAGUCAUGCAGAUGAAUCAGUGGUGGAAGAGGAGCCACCCAGUGAAGAUAAAACUGAAUCCUAUGAGAUAUCUGAAGCCAAUGAAACGCAUGCAGAUGAAUCGCUGGUGGAAGAGGAGCCCAGUGGAGAGACUUUAAACACAGAUGAGUCCAAAAGUGACGAGGAAUUUGAGGAAGUGAAUGAUAGUGUGGAGUCAAGAGGAGACCAGGAAUGGCACAGCGCUCUGCUUGAAUCCACUGCUGAUGUUGAGCUAGGCUCCAGUGAAAUGAUGGACCAGUGUGCCCCUAAAACAUUCCCUCCUAAAAUGCACAUUCUUCCUGUUAGCUCCACAAGCAGUGACGUGACUGCUGCUAAAGCCUCUGAGAACACAUAUGAGUCGUUGGUCCUGUCUGGGAAAAAGAGUUUGGCGGAGGGGAGAAAGCAGGAAGCUCUGGAUUUCUUUCUGAAGGCAAUAGACAUUAAUACUGGUGACGCUGAGAUCCAACUCUUGAUUAUUCAGUUGUACAGGCAACUCAGCCAAUAGGGAAAUUAAAAUGUACACAGCAAUAUAAGACUUUAAGACCAUGUUGGCAAACUGUUUGACAUGCCUUUUUCUCUCUGCUUAUUAGUAAAAAGAUAUUGCAGACUGAAUAUGACAUACAGAACUGACCAGAGGAACUAGUUAAGAAAAAUAUGUUGUGUAUGCUAAUAGUGUUCUUGAAAUAUUGAAUCUUCCCAGUAGUUCCUCUGAAUGUUUAUUUGUUUAUAUUGACUUGUAUGUUUUUUUGGUUUAAAAAAAAAAAACGUUCAAUUUUCUAUAUUCUGACAUAUAUAUUGAUUGUGGAGGUGGGGGGGGAUAAAUUCUUAAAGGUUUCAUAGCUUUUUUUUUUCUGCAUUCCAGAUAUAAAUCUAUAUUCUUUUUUUCCCACAUUAACUUCAUUUCAGGUGAGAGUUUCUAACUGUUUGUAUCACUUAAUAAAUGACCAGAAGCUCUUGUCUAAAAAGUCCUCUGUUUUAAAGUAAUGUUCAGAGUUAAAUACACAGUUUAAUUGACAA